UUAUUGAUGAAAAUAAACUUGCUGUAUCAAUCAGAGUAGCUAAAAUGGCUGAAUGGAAUUUUGCUGACAAUGUUACAUUGUGUAUUAUUUGUGUAGGUGGAGGAUCUGCACUAUUGCCAUUACCAGUUCCACCAAUCACACUGGCAGAAAAACACACAGUUUGCAUACUAGCCAUUAAAGGUGCUACAAUUAAUGAAAUAAACACAGUGAGGAAAAACCUAUCUCUUUUGAAAGGAGUUCUGAGUCUUAUUUUGUCUGAUAUUAUUGAUGAUCUGUUGGGUCUGAUCGCAAGUGGUCCAACCAUUGUGAAUGAUUCCUCACCUAAAGACUGUCUUGAUAUCAUCCAUAAAUUCCAUGCAAACAAUGAGAUGCCUGUCUCUGUCAUGACCUAUCUACAAAGCCAUAGCGACCAGUCUCCUCACCAACAGGACUUUAGCAACCAGCUUACUAAGAACAGUGGAGAUGCAAACUUCAAACACGUACAGAAUGUAUUAGUCGGUACAAACAAAAUAGCGGUACAGAGUGUUGUAAAUGAAGCUGAAAAACUUGGAUAUCAAACAUUCGUCUACAAAACCAAUAUUAAUGGUGAAGCCAGGGACAUUGGUAAGACAUGUGCAAAGAUUGCGGCAUAUGUCUAUUCUAUUUAUCAAAGUAAAUGUACAGAAGUAAACAGUCUCAAAGAAACAGGACUAACAGACAAUGACAUUGCAGCAUUUGAAGAUGUCACAAAGAAAGCAAAGAAAGCAAAAAAACCAGUAUGCAUCAUUAUUGCUGGAGAAACAACCGUCACAGUGACAGGAAAAGGAAAGGGAGGAAGAAAUCAAGAACUGGCCCUUGCUGCUGCCGUCUGUAUGGAUAAUAUAAAGUUGUUUGGUGACAUGGCACACAAUGAAUACCAAGUAUGCUUACUCAGUGGUGGUACUGAUGGACAGGAUGGACCAACAAAUGCUGCAGGGGCAUUGGCUUAUCCAGGUCAGGUGAUAAAGGCCAGGGAAUCUGGAUUAGAUGCAGAACAAUAUCUAAAAGAUAAUGACUCAUAUCAUUUUUACUCAAAGUUCAAUGAUGGAAAGGAUCUUCUUGUGACUGGCUUGACUGGAACCAAUGUGAUGGAUAUAAUGCUGUUGUUAAUUAGCCCACCAAAUUGA